CAGUGGUGCCACAUCCCCGCCGCGCCGCCAGCCCGAGAGAGAAAACAUAUGGUCGCCGCCGCACGCACGCUUUCAUGCUAGUUCCAAAAUCAAGGAAAUGGGCAAGAAAAAAGGAUCCAAGGCCGAGACGAAUGGUGAGGUGGAGGACGUAGCGGCCGACGGCAUGCCGGAUGGCGCCCCCCCUGCGUCCGACGCGGGCAAGAAGGGCAAAAAGGGCAAGAAGAAGAACCAGGACUGGGAGGAUGACAUUGCCAAGGAGCUCGAGCAGAUGAGGCUGGCCGAGGCCGGGGAGCUGCCCCCCGAGGAAGCCCCGGCCGAGGCCCCCGAGCCAGUCCCAGAGAAGAAGGAGAAGAAGAAAACCAGGAAGGGCGCAGACGAGACCAGAGAGGCAGAAGUAGAGGAGGACGGCAAGAGCAAAAACAAGGAAGAGGAGAAGAGGAAAGAGAGAGUGGAGGAGGAGGAGGAGGCGGCCCCCCCACCAGCGGCAGACGACGACAAGGGCAAGAAAGGCAAGAAGGGAAAGAAGGGCAAGAAGAAGGGCUACGAGGACGACGAGGACCUGGACAAGAUGCUGCAGGAGCUGGAGAUGGAGUACAAGGGGGAGAAGCCCAAGGAGGAGCCGCCCAAGAAGGCCCCGGAGGACGAGGCCAAGGACGAGGAGGACGCCGGCAAGAAGAAGAACAACAAGAAGAAGCAGAACGGACCCGAGGCCGAGGUCGAGCCGCCCAAGCCCAAGGAGGAAGAAGCUUCAGAAGAAAGCUCUGCCAGUAAAAAGAAGAAAAAGAAAAACAAAGAUGCCGCAGAAGCCAAGGGUGAUGCCAAGGCAGCUGAGGGGGCAGAUGCCAAGAAGAAGAAGAAGGGAGAGCCAGAGAAAGAGGAGGAGACAAAAUCCAAGAAGGGUAAGCCAAGUGCCAAGAUGUUGGCCGCCAUGAAGGAAGCACUGGCCAAGAGGAAGGAGGAGGAAGAGAGACUUCAGAGAGAAGAGGAGGAGAAACAGAGACUAGAGGAGGAGAGACUCAGACAGAUUGAAGAAGCGAAGCGCCUCGAACAGGAAAAGAAGGAGAGGAAAAGGCAGAAGGAGAAAGAGAGAAAAGAGAGGCUGAGGCAAGAAGGACGCCUGCUCACGGCCAAGCAGAAGCAGGACCAGCGCAGAGCCCAGGAGAUGCUGGAGCACCUCAAGGCCCAAGGAGUCAAGUUGCCGGAGCAGGGGGAGAAGCGAGCCCGGCCGGGGUCAAAGGUCAAGCCAAAGAAGCCCAAGAAGGAGGAGAAGCAGGAGGAAGAAAAAGCCGAGGCAAAGGAGGAGAAGAUGGAGUCGGAGGAGCCUAAGGUAGAGGCUAAGGAGGGAGAGGAAGUCAAGGAUUCUUGGGAAAAUGACGAGGAGGAGGAGGACGUCAAGGACGAUUGGGACGAGAUCAGUGACGACGAGGAAGAGGACGAAGACACAUCGGAAGCCACAAAGGCCUCACAAGACACGGACACCAAGAAGAGCAGUGAGAAAGGUGAUGAAGAUGAGGAUGAUGAUGAUAAUGAGGAUUCGGAGAGCGAGGAGUCGGAAGAGGAGCACCAGACAGAGGCGGAGAAGCGAAAAGCGAGAGCCGUGGCCAGAAUAGCGAAGCGGAGGGUCGAAAGCGAGAAAAAGUUGGACCCGGCCAAUCUCAGAGCUCCUGUGGUGUGUGUCCUCGGCCACGUCGAUCACGGAAAGACCAAGAUUCUGGACAAGUUCAGAAGGACGAAUGUGCAGGAGGGUGAGGUGGGCGGCAUCACACAGCAGAUUGGAGCCACAAAUGUACCCAUAGACGCCAUUCAGAGGCAGACGCAUAUGAUCAAGGACUUCAAUUUGGAUACGAUCAAGUUCCCCGGCUUGUUGAUCAUUGACACCCCAGGUCACGAGUCGUUCAGCAACCUCCGCUCACGAGGCUCCUCCCUCUGCGACAUUGCGGUCCUGGUGGUGGACAUCACGCAGGGCCUCGAGCCACAGACGAUAGAGUCCAUCAACUUGCUCAAGAAGAAAAAGACCCCCUUCGUUGUUGCGCUUAACAAGGUGGACAGAGUGUUUGAGUGGGACUCCCAUCCAUCAAAAGACAUCCGCGAAAUCAUAAAGUCCCAGAGCAAUGCCUCCAAGAACGAUUUUGACCGCAGAACCCAGGAGAUUAUUCAGGCACUCAACAUUCAGGGCUUAAAUGCAGCUCUCUUCUGGGAGAAUCCUGACCCCCGCUCAUAUGUGUCCCUCGUCCCAACCAGUGCCAUCUCAGGCGACGGAAUGGGCAACCUCAUCGCCAUGGUGUGCAACCUGUGUCAGAAGCGACUCAGUAAGAGACUGAUGUUCACGGAGGAGUUGCAGUGUACUGUCCUGGAAGUCAAGACGAUUCAGGGUCACGGGACGACCAUAGAUGUCAUCUUAAUCAAUGGUAGACUUAGAGAAGGAGACACAAUUAUCUUAGCGGGUACUGAAGGUCCUAUUGUCACGCAGAUACGAUCUCUCCUCCUUCCCAAACCCCUCAAGGAGAUCCGCGUCAAAGGGCAGUACGACGAAUUCAAGGAGGUGAAAGCUGCUCAGGGAGUCAAAAUUGCUGCCAGGGAGCUUGAGAAAGCCAUCGCUGGCCUUAACCUGCAGGUGUCCUACCACGAGGACGAGGUCGACCUGUUGAAGGAAGAGGUCGACAAGGAGUUCAAGGCAGCUAUGAGGUCUAUUAAGGUGAAGGAGCGUGGAGUGUACGUCCAGGCUUCGACCCUGGGUGCCUUGGAGGCUCUGCUAGAGUUCUUCAAGACCAACAAUGUGCCUUAUUCGGGGAUCCGCGUGGGUCCUGUGGUGAAGAGGGAUGUGAUGCGAGCAGCUGCCAUGCUGGAGCACGACCCCAUGUACGCCGUCAUCCUGGCCUUCGACGUCAAAGUGGAGAAGGACGCCCAGGAGCUGGCUGACAAGGAAGGAGUGAAGAUCUUCUUUGAGGAGACUAUAUACCACUUGGGUGAUCGUUACGUUGAAUACCUCAAGGACUACAAGAAGAAGAAGCAGGAUGAGUUUAAGCAUGUGGCUGUCUUCCCCUCGCGUCUAAAGAUUAUUCCUACGGCUAUAUUUAACAAGCGUGACCCCAUAGUGCUCGGUGUAACAGUAGAGGCUGGAGUUUUAAGAACGGGGACGCCCUUGUGUGUGCCAAGUAAAGAGUUUGUGGAGAUAGGAAUGGUGACUUCAAUGGAGUACGACCACAAGAACGUAGACCUGGCCAAGAAGGGCGUGGACGUGUGCAUCAAGAUCGAGCCUCUUCCUGGCCACACCCCCAAGCUGUUUGGGCGCCACUUCGACCACGAGGACAUGCUGGUCAGCAAGAUCUCGCGCGAGUCGAUUAAUGCGUGCAAGGACUACUUUAGGGAUGAUCUUAGUAAAACAGACUGGAAACUUAUGGCAGAACUGAAAAAAGAGUUCCAGAUUUUAUAAGGGGCUGUGACUAGCCUUGUUUUUUAGCCACGAUAAUCAGAUAUUUAUGAAAUUUCGAAUUUUUAUUUUCUCUUUUUUUUUUUUUUUUUUUUUUCUUUUUUUUUUUUUUUUUUUUUUUUUUUUUUUUUAUAUUUGAUGCUUAUUUUCUUUUCUAUUUUAAUGAUUUUGUAAGAACUAGGAUGUGUAAAUUAUAUAAAAAGAAAUGUCAGAAAAAAAAUGAAAAUGAAAAAAAGUAAAAAGAAACAGACUGCUACAGAACACCCAAAACUAUAUACUAUGCUAAAAGUCGCUCGCUAUAACCAGUGUGCAUUGUCAGUGUGACUCAGUUGUGCUUCUUGAGAUCGUGCAAGACCAAUGUUCAUGCCAGGAAUGAGAUGAGGCGGGGAGAGGCGCUCAAACCCACGAUUGAGCUAAAAUUCACAGGCGGAAGGAAGACGCAAGUGGUCGUCGUACACCCAGACAGAAGUGCAAAAUGCUGUCUUGUAUUUGUGUUAAAAACUUGGCUGUUUUAUUGGCGGUUGACUGUUUUUUACUGAUGAUUUCUCCAAGCCAAGGAAUAUGCUCCGGAGUUGUCAUAAGUAUUUCAGUGAUAAGUAUUAUAUGGACUGCAUGUUUUAUGGGUAUAACUCUCGAAAGGAAAAUAACUAAUGGUCGUGAUAAAGAACGGAUAUAUUUUAGAAGAAGGGAAUAUUUCUGAUACCCUCUAUACCAUACAGAUGAAAUAUUUAUACCUAGUGCAGUAAUCAAUUGCUUACAAGUUGUUAAGGCUUUAUCUUAAAGGCAUGAAUUAUUCAAAUAUGGCUGUGGAUUUAUUUUUGGUUUUUGGUUACCCAGUGUAUAUGUAUAUUUUUAUCCUUUUUUUUUAUAGGCCAUUUUAAGGGAGGGGGGGAGCAGGGGAGGGUAGUUCCAAGUUUUACACUGAUGAGAUAAUUGUUUUGAAUUGCAGAUGAUGUCUCUGGCUCUUUUUCUUUUAUUCUUUUUCGGUCUCGUGUCUUUCUGUUUCAGUAGGAUGGGCUCUUUUCAUUUAUUGAGUUGGAAAUAUCUGUGAUUUAAGAUUUUGAGUUUCCGAAAAGGAUUCACCUCGCUAUGACAUUACUUCUUGUGCAAAGUUGCAGACACGUCAUUUUUGUUUCCCCACCAAAUUCCUCCGAUCCUCGUAUAUAUAAAACACAAGGUCUUUUUGUACAGCUCCACCUUGUUCAAUAAAAUGUGACUACUUUCUAGGUUCGUGUGUAUUCAGAAUCCUGUGAUGCUUUUUAACGCUUAUAUGUGUUUGCUUUGUGUGAGGGCGAGUCCCAUGUCUUGGUUAACAUAUAUUUGCCUGCUCACUUCCUCUGUCUCUCUCAUGCUGAUGCUUACUCUGUUACUCUUUCUUGCUUGCUUUCAUUCAUUUUUUUUUUUUUUUCUGAUUCUCUCUCCAUUUUUCUCUUUCUCUCUCCCUUUUUCUUUUUCUCUCUUCCUUUUUUUUGCUUUCUCUUUUUUUGUCUCUCCUCUUUCUCUUUUUCUUUGUCAUUUCUUUCAGGCUCUUUCUUUCAUGUCUGUGUAUUUACUUACACAUGAAGUCACCCAUGUACUGUGUGCAUGUACACAAAGUCUCUGUGUGUGCAUAUUUUACACAAGGAAGUGAAAUUUUUGAAAUUACUAUUUUUAUUUUUCUGUGAAGCAUUGUAAAGUUUGGGCUAUUCUUUUUUUUUCUCCUCUUCUUUGGGGAAAAUCUCCGGUGAUAUAGGAGAUGGGAAAUUGAAAUGGACGAGCAAUAUCGUUUGGCAAAUUUUAGAUAAUGCCAGAGUUUUGUUUUUGUUGAGAAUCCUGCUCUCGGUUUACAAGGUCAGACUAGUGAAAUGUUAACGAAUUUUAUCUUGACCUUAACUUUGGCUUUUUUUUCCCCUCCCUGCCUUUUUUUUUUGCAGUCUGUUCUGUUGAAAGAAAGAAAGAAAAAAAAGAAACGAAAACAAUAGAAUGAAUAUAUUUUCUAAGGAUAAUGAGUCAGAUAGUCAUGAAAAAAAGUGAUGAUUCUGGAUAUCUCUUUCAUCAUUGCAACCUGUGCAGAAUCGUGCAGAGUCUAUGUUCAUUUCCAAACCGUUUACAAACUAAUACUCCAGCUGUUGUGUUCACAGGCAAAGCUUUUGAAAGACUGUGUGGCCAAUGCUACAAGCUUUUAUCUCUCCAUGUUUUUACUCUUGUAUAUGACUGUAACAAAUAGUGAAAAAAGAAGGAAAAAAAAAAAAUAUACAGUAUCCAGUUGUUUAUACAGACUAUCAUUUGUAUGGUGUUUAUAUAGGGAAAUUAAAAAGAGGCUUCCAGAUUUUAUUUAAUACAUAUAUUGCUGUAUAAAUAGGAACUGUAUAUGGCAUGUUCAUCGCACUUGAAAUUUAAACCAGUUUUUACUUUUAUUCCAUAAAUUUAUAUGUUAGUUAUUAUUUAUAGUUUUUAUCUGGCUUUGUCAGUGACUCAUGAAAGAUUAUUUUUUAUUGUAUAUUCAUAUAAAUACUUUUAUUUUAUUAUUAUUUUUUUUUCUUUUCUUUAUUCAAAGCCGUGAAAAACAACCCACAAAAAAGUCCUGAUUCAUUUCCUGUGCUGAAGACUAAUAAUUUUUUUGAAAACUUCUUUCUGAUCUUUGGAAGCAUUAUUAGUCUCACUGGUGUCAUGUAUGCUAAAUGAUUUUGUCCGAAAUAAAAGGGAGAAGGAAC